CGCCCAGUCAUAAAAGCGGUGCGCUAGCGUAACAAUCUCCAAGCCAGCAACCGCGCGUGCCUUCAAAAAAUCCCACAAAAAAAGACAGAAGUACGACCAGACUUCGAAUAGAACCUAUUGGAAAGUUCAAUCAAAUCUCGCCGAGAAAUGAAGCUGCAACGUCUCUUGCUCACAGCUGUGCUGAUACUCUGCCUCAUCCUGGCGCAGCACGACCGGACCACGGAGGCCCGCCGUCUGAUCUUCUUCAAUCCGCACAGCCGCACCCUCCACAGCCAGCUGCUCGUCUCGCGGAAACUUCCGCGGCCCUGUCCCGCCGGCAAGAUGCGGGACCAUCGGGACCGCUGUCGUCGAGCACUGAUCUUUGGCCGCAGCACCUGAGAGGGAGGACCCCAACGCCAACCACAAAAUCUCCUUGUCUAUUGUUAUUAAUUUAAAAUCUUUUUUUGAGUUAUUUGUAAGCUAAUUUAUUGCCCCCGCUCUUAGAAGUAGUUGCAUAGGUUUAUUCCGAUAUUUAUUACGUUAUUUAUUUGUAGCUGGUUACGAAAUAGUCGCUAAAUAUACACACGUACGUACAUUCAACGCACAAUAAACUAAAAUCGAGGUAAAGAUACGA